AAGUUUAUAUUAUAAUGUAAUCUUUUUAAUUUUUAAUAUAAAGAAAGAAAGAUACAUAGUCAUAGCCAUAACCAUAGCCACCUUCAAGCAACCAAAUUCCACAACAAACCAACAAAUUUCCCACCUUUCUCUUCAUCUCUUCUUUUGCUUCCAUAAAGGCUUGUGAUAGCAGAAUGGACAAAAGAGAAUGAAACUGUCGAUGAUAUUUUUGAUCGAGUAACAAAAAGAACUAGUAAAAAAAUGGGAGGUUGCUGUUGUUCUGCCAGAAAACAUCAUUUGCAAGGAACACCAGUUUAUUACUAUUGCCCGCCAACUUUUGAAGAACGUGAGUCUUUAACCUCCAAUGACGCUACCACUGCUUCGAUCUCUGCUGGAUUUCUGGUUGGCUUGAACCUGGAAGCAUCCAUACCUGAUACAUUCCGGUCUCCUCCCGUGCCUCUUCCUUAUGACAUUGUCUUCGGGGGUUCUGCAUCACCUGAUUCCGAGUCUUGCAAAGAAACUGUCAGUUUUAGUAGCUUCGAAACCUCAAUUACACACGAUGAUAUUGAAGAAUCAGAUUGUAAAACUCAAGAAAAAUCUGCAUCUCUAUCUCCAAGGAAGGUAGAACUAUCAAAAUCAAAUGGAAUUCAAGUAUUGGCAACAGAAGAAGAGGAUGGCUGCCCUAUUUGUCUUGAAGAAUACGAUGACGAUAAUCCGAAAAAUCUGACGAAAUGUGAACAUCAUUUUCACCUAUCUUGCAUUCUUGAGUGGAUGGAAAGAAGUGACUCUUGUCCUAUAUGUGACCAGGAGAUGAUAUUUUGACCAGACAAUGAAUUAGUUUGAUUGUCUUAAAAUCAAAGUUUGCUAGAUAUAUGAAAGAUAGAUGAAGAAGUUCAAUGUAUGAUAACUGGUUAGAUGAUGGUAGCUGCAGAUUCAUAUUCGAUUCGUGAUACAUCGACGCAUCAUUAUUUAAGGCUCAAUCAUCGGUAUAUCUCUUGAGAAGAUGAAUGAGAUUUUGACAGAAUGCUACAGCUAUACCAUAUAGCUUGUUCUUAGAUGCCACAAUUCAUGCUCACAGAUGGCUUUUUGUCCAUUUCCUUGUUUUGAUUUUCUGUUUUACAUUUUGUUUUUCAAAAAUUUAUCAAUAUAUUUUUUUUUCUAUGCUAUUUUCUUUUUAUUUGGGGGUGGAAGUGGGGUGGGGGGAGCAUAUUGCACUUGUAAAUAAUGUCUGUUUUAUGUUUUCUUUGUAUAUAUCUCAGGCAUUUCAAGAAUAUAAUAGAUGUUCAUCAAACCAGUAGCUAUUUUUU